AUGUCAUCUCCUUCAAGGAGAGAGCAACGGCCGAUCCAGAAUAUCGAUAUCGCAAGGAUAUUGGUCGAGCUGACAAUCCCGAAUAUCGAUAUCGCAAGGAUAUUGGUCGACACCGGAAGCUCGGCUGAUAUCAUCUCCAAAAGCACCCUCGAAAGAAUGGAAAUCAGUCCAUCCGAAAUCGCGGAAGAUCCGAAUCCAGUAGUAGGACUUUCGGGGGAAGCAACCAUGACUCUAGGCACAAUCAACCUCUCUGUUAAAGCCGAAAGCACGACGAAAAUCGUGGAGUUCCUGACCAUCUGGGGAGAUCAGAGAAUCUCGCGAGUAUGCUUCGCUGCGGAAUUAAAGCGAAAAAACCCUUCAGCGGAGGUUCCGCUUAAAACGAAAAAGAAAUCGUCUGCCGUGGACAACACCCUAGAACAAGACAAAACUGAGAUCUUUUGGCAGUCACGAGUAGCCGAAGCUUUGGAAGGAAAACGCAAACCAAACUGCGAGCCCGUUGUCACGAUAUGCUUAGACGAAGCAUUCCCAUAUCGCUGCGUCGAAAUCGGCAAAAACCUGAGCGAGUCUAUGAAAAUCGAGCUUAUACCCUGUCUGAAAAAGAACUUGAACAUGUUCGCAUGGGCCGCAGAGGACAUGCCAAGGAUUGAUAUCAACAUCACAUCUCACGAGCUCAACGUCGACCCAAUUUUCAAACCUAAAAACAGAAAGUGGCGAGUAUGCGUCGAUUUCACAGACCUCAAUAAGGCAUGUCCAAAGGAUAGCUUCCCACUGCCACACACCGAUCGCUUGGUCGAAGCAACGGCAGGGAACAAAUUCUUGUCCUUCAUGGACGCGUUCUCCGUGUACAAUCAGAUCAUGAUGAACCCUGACGACCAGGAAAAAACCUUAUUCAUAACCGACCGCGGAACUUACUGCUAUAGGGUGAUGCCGUUUGGUCUUAAAAAUGCUGGCGAAACUUAUCAACGACUCGUCAACCGUAUGUUCUCCGAACAACUCAGAAUGACAAUGGAGGUGUACAUUGAACAUGCUUGUGAAAUCCCGGGAUCAUAUCACUCACCUCCAAGAGUGCUUCGAAAGGCUAAACCUGCACAAUAUGAAACUUAA